ACUUCCCACCUCUCGUGUGUCUUGGGCAAGCAGCCUCAGCCCAGCUUUGCAUUUUCUCUGUACAGGUUGGCAGCCGCGGCCAAGGGACAGGGCCCCAAAAUCCUUGCAAAGCAGGAUGACAGCAGUGAGGAGGAGGAUGACGAGGUAGACUUGACUCCAGAAGAACUGGAGAAAAAGAGACAGUUUGAAAUGAAGAGGAAAAUGCAUUACAAUGAAGCACAGAACAUCAAGCUUGCCAGACAGUUGAUUGCAAAGGAAAUGCGUGGUGAGGCUGCUGAUAAUGAUGGUGAGGAGGAGGAGGAAGAAGAGGACGACGACGACGACGAUGAUGAUGAUGAUGAGAUGCAGGAUGCAUGUAAUACAGGAAGGAUGAGCAAAGAAUCGGUACCUGCUCCUAGUGACCCGCUCGAGAACAUUGCACACAGCCUAGAAGAAGUCUGCUCAGGACUGUAAUAGCUCCUAAAGUCAUCCCUUUGUAUUCCUUGCUGCAUCACCCUUCUGCAGUUCUGAUUCAACAGGUUGGCUUGCACUUUGAUAUUUGACAAGAACGGUGGUGAUCUCAAGGUUUUCAGUGAGGCAGUUGCUAAUGCGGCUGGUUCCGGUGGUCACGGAAGAUGAUUUUGUUGCUCAUCUGCAGAAUAACACAGUGUGGGGUAGCUCCAGUGACCUGGACACAUCCGUGUCACUCCUUUCUCUGGUUUGCACCUGCAGAACAUCUGGACACUUUCUUUUCUCUUUUAUUUGGCAUCAUGCUGUAGUAUUUGAGUAGCCACAAAUAUUCCCAAGAGGGCUUUGGUGUUAAUGUGCCAAACGCUAGCCGGGAAAAGAAUGAACCACUGGGCAACUGGCAAGACACUUUGCAAAAGGGAUUGAUGGAACAGUGUUUUUAUAGCUUUCUUUCCCUUCCCCUCCAGCAGAAUUUAUGUAACUGGUUCUUAGAGGCAGGUCGUCCUUGCCUCAGCUGCUGAGGGUGAGAGAACAGUUGCCUUAGGUUUGCUUUCCCAGCUGGCUGUUCUAAAGUGGGAGAUGAUCAGCCUGCCUUGGUAGAUGCUGUAGCUUUUUUCCAUUUGAGUUGAUCUGGACCGGAAGCAUUGCACGGCGGUUCUUUCCUCCCUCAGGCCACUCUGCCUCUCAGGGUGCCUUCCCAUGUGGCUGAAGACUGCCAUCCUCUAGGAAACAAGACUCAAAACCCUCUGAACAGUCCCAUGUGGCCUGCUGGCCUUCCUCCUCUCUAGGUGAGCCUCGAACAGCCUGACUGGCCUUCUGUGCAUAUCUGUAUGGACCUGUGAGGAGAAACAAAUAGCUGUGGACAGAUUUUCUGAGAGACUCUGAGGAUGGCACUCUCGGUUAAUGAUAGCAUCAGGCAGCAAGAGAGCCCCUCUGAGCCUCUGGUUUGGUUCUCACUCUGAUGGCACAGGCAGAGCGCACAGAUUCUUAACUUUGCCAGAGGAGGCAGUGCUCACACAGCCCCAUAUGAUCCUGUGAUCUCUUUUUAGGGUGGCUUCUCCAAUCUCUAUGUCAUGAAUGAAAUCUGAAUCAUACAGCUAUUUUGUAGUUUGAUUGACCUUGUGAUUUUCUUAAAGCCUUAGAAUGGGGAGGGGCUUCCACGUGGUCAGCUAAUGUUUGUAAAAUGAUUUGGAGUGUUCUAACGAGCUGAACUUGCCUAGAAAAUACCCAGGUUGCACUACUGAAUUGCUACUUCAUUUCUGGAUUCCAUUUCCACUGGCUUGUUUUCUCCAUCUAAUUGUUUUGUUGAAGUAAAGAAACCACUGUGGUUUUUUGUUC